AUGGAGGAAGAGAAUGAAGAUAGCAUAAUCAGGAGUUUAGGUAGAAGUUUGAGUAGGGCAGCUGGCAGUUUGAGAAUGGAAGACGUGUUCUCCAUUGGUUAUGCCGGCACCCACCAUGGAAGGAGCAGCCACCACUCUGUGGAAGACGAAGAGGCAUUGCGCUGGGCAGCUUUGGAGAAACUCCCAACCUACAAACGGAUACGAACAACCAUCUUCAAGUCUUAUAUUCCAGCUGAUCUUAAAAACCAAACACCAGCUGAUAAGUUGCUGUUAGAUGUCCGAGAGCUCGAUCAACAUACUCAACAAGACUUCAUUAACAAGACAUUUAAGGUUGUUGAAGAAGAUAACGAAAUGUUCUUGAAAAAGUUUAGAGAUCGUGUUGAUAAGGUUGGCAUCGUUCUUCCAACAGUAGAAGUUCGGUUUCAAAAUUUGACGAUAGAAGCAGAUUGCUAUAUAGGUGAUAGAGCACUUCCUUCACUACCAAACGCCACCCGAAACACUGUCGAAGCAAUUUUGGGUAAUAUUGGAAUCAGUUUAUCUAAAAAAACUAAACUCACUAUUCUUAAAGAUGCAUCCGGAAUUAUCAAACCUUCAAGAAUGACACUUUUAUUGGGCCCCCCUUCUUCUGGAAAGACCACACUACUGUUGGCUAUGGCCGGAAAGCUUGACCGCAGCUUAAAGGUUGAAGGAGAGAUUACUUACAAUGGUUAUAAGCUCAAUGAAUUUGAACCUCGAAGAACAUCAGCCUACAUAAGCCAGAACGAUGUUCAUGUUGGAGAAAUGACCGUCAAAGAAACCUUAGAUUUCUCAGCAAGGUGCCAAGGAGUGGGAUCGAAGUUAGAAAUGCUAGCAACUGCCAUAGAAGGAGAAGCAAGCAGUUUGAUUACUUACUAUACUCUUAGAAUAUUAGGCCUGGAUGUCUGCCGUGAUACCUAUGUGGGUGAUGCAAUGCUACGAGGAAUCUCUGGUGGACAGAAGAAGCGAUUAACUACAGGAGAGAUGCUUGUGGGACCCGCAAAAACUUUGUUUAUGGACGAGAUAUCAACAGGUCUAGACAGUUCCACUACAUUUCAAAUAGUCAAGUGCUUGCAACAAAUUGUACACCUCACCGAGUCAACAAUCUUAAUGUCCCUACUACAACCUGCUCCAGAGACAUUCCAUCUAUUUGAUGACAUCAUUCUAAUAUCCGAGGGACAAAUUGUGUAUCAAGGACCACGAGAACAUGUUCUUGAUUUUUUCACGAGUUGUGGAUUCAUGUGUCCAGAAAGAAAGGGCACUGCUGAUUUCUUGCAAGAGGUUACCUCUCAGAAGGAUCAAGAGCAAUAUUGGAUAGAUAGAACCAAACCAUACAGAUAUAUCCCAGUUAGUGAAUUUGCUCAGCACUUCAAGAAUUUCCACGUGGGUGAGAAGUUAAACAAUGAGCUUUUACUCCCAUAUGACAAGACCCGAAGCCAUAAAGCAGCUUUAGUCUUCAAAAAAUACUUGGUGUCAAACAAGGAGCUUCUCAAGGCCUCAUGGGAUAAGGAAUGGCUCCUAUUAAAGAGAAACAGUUUCAUUUACAUUUUCAAGAGUGUCCAGUUUAUCAUUGUAGCUUUCGUUGGGAUGACUUUGUUUUUUAGGACUACAAUGCACACUAGGGAUGAACAAGAUGGUGCAAUCUAUAUAGGAGCACUUUUGUUCAGCUUACUCAUAAACAUGUUUAAUGGUCUAGCUGAAAUUUCCCUCACUAUAAUAAGGCUUCCUGUAAUUUUUAAGCAAAGAGAACUUCUCUUUCACCCAUCAUGGGCUUACACACUUCCAACCUUCUUGCUUCGAUUACCAAUUUCUUUGUUUGAGAGUGUUGCUUGGAUGGUUAUCGUGUAUUAUGGUGUUGGCUUUGCUCCUGAAGUUAGCAGGUUCUUCAAGCAUUUCCUGGUAGUGUUUAUGAUACAGAAUGUGUCAGGGGGACUUUUUCGGCUUAUUGCUGGAGUGUGUAGGACAAUGAACAUGGCAAAUGCGGGUGGAACCCUUGUACUUCUUUUCAUAUUCUUUUUUGGUGGUUUUCUCAUUCCUAAAGCUCAAAUUCCUGAUAUGUGGGAAUGGGGUUAUUGGCUAUCACCAUUGUCAUAUGGCUUUAAAGCUUUUGCAGUGAAUGAGUUCUUUGCACCUAGGUGGAUGAAGAAAAUGAGUUCGGAUAAUGUAACUACCUUGGGAAUAGCAAUACUAGAAAAUAUGGAUAUACCAACCCAAAGAAGCUGGUUUUGGACUGGUGUUGCCUCUCUUCUUGGUUUUGCUAUUCUAUUCAACAUCCUCUUUACUUUUGUGCUUAUGUAUUUUGAUCCCCCUGGAAAACCACAACCAAUUAUCUCCAAAGAAACAGCCUUAGGGAUGGAGAAUCAACAGCAUAGUAACCAACAACCAACACUUGAAAAGAUUGCAUCAAAGCAAGAUAUAACUCCUCAAUCGUUAUUUGUUGCUAAUGGAAGCAAUUCGAGAAUUAUUGAAUUGCAAGUCGAACAAAGUGGAUCCAACUCUUAUGAUUCUAAUGGGAGUGCUAGUAGAAAGGGAAUGAUUUUACCAUUUACUCCACUUGCCAUGUCAUUUGAUAGCAUCAACUAUUUUGUUGAUAUGCCCCAAGAAAUGAGAGAAGAAGGGGUAACAGAAAAUAGGUUGCAGUUACUUAGUGAAGUAACUGGUGCUUUUAGGCCUGGAGUACUAACUGCACUGAUGGGAGUAAGUGGAGCUGGUAAAACGACAUUGAUGGAUGUUUUAGCAGGAAGAAAGACAGGUGGUUAUACUGAAGGAGAUAUAAGAAUAUCAGGAUUUCCAAAGAAACAAGAAACUUUUGCUAGAAUUUCUGGAUAUUGUGAGCAAACUGAUAUCCACUCUCCACAAAUAACUGUUGACGAAUCCUUGAUUUACUCGGCUUUCCUUCGAUUGCCAAAAGAAGUGGGCAAUGAGGAUAAGAUGAUUUUUGUCCAUGAAGUCUUAGAGCUAGUAGAACUAGGUAACCUCAAGGAUGCAAUAGUUGGGCUUCCAGGAGUUAGUGGAUUGUCAACAGAACAAAGAAAGAGACUAACAAUUGCAGUAGAACUUGUUGCAAAUCCUUCAAUUAUUUUCAUGGAUGAACCAACUUCUGGACUUGAUGCAAGAGCAGCUGCCAUUGUUAUGAGAGCUAUAAGAAACACAGUGGAAACAGGGAGAACUGUUGUAUGCACCAUUCAUCAGCCUAGCAUCGAUAUCUUUGAAUCCUUUGAUGAGUUGUUGCUGAUGAAAAGAGGAGGACAAGUGAUCUAUGCAGGACCACUAGGCAGGAAUUCUCAAAACAUUGUAGAAUAUUUUGAGGAAAUUCCUGGGGUCCCAAAGAUUCCAGAAAAAUACAAUCCUGCAACAUGGAUGUUGGAAGUCAGUUCUAGUGCUGCAGAGAUCCGACUCAAUAUGGAUUUUGCUGAGUACUUCAGAUCAUCAGUCAUGCAACAGAGAAACAAGCAUUUAGUGAUGCAAUUAAGUACACCCCCUCCUGGAGCAGUUGAUCUUCAUUUUGAAACACAAUAUUCUCAGUCUACAUGGGAACAAUUCAAGUCUUGUAUAUGGAAGAUGUGGUGGAGUUACUGGAGAAAUCCUGAUUAUAAUCUUGUCCGAAACUUCUUCACAUUGGCUACUGCACUCAUUGUUGGAACAUUGUUUUGGAAGAUUGGUGAAAUAAGGGAGAACACCAACAAUUUGAAUACCAUCAUUGGAGCCAUGUAUGGUGGUGUGUUCCUUGUUGGUAUGAACAACUGCCAAACAGUGCAACCAGUAGCAGCCACAGAAAGAACAGUGUUCUAUCGAGAAAGAGCAGCUGGAAUGUACUCAGUAUUACCAUAUGCCAUGGCACAGGUGUUUGUAGAGAUCCCAUACGUAUUUAUUGAAGCCACCUAUUACACAGUAAUAGUGUAUGCCAUGGUGUCAUUUCAAUGGACAGCAUCGAAAUUUCUUUGGUCAUUUUUCAUCAACUUCUUUUCAUUCCUCUAUUUUACAUACUACGGACUCAUGACUGUUUCCAUCACACCAAACGAGCAACUGGCAGCCAUAUUGGCAGCUUCAUUUUACUCGGUCUUCAAUUUCUUUUCAGGGUUUUACAUCCCUAGACCUAGAAUUCCAAAGUGGUGGGUGUGGUACUACUGGAUGUGUCCAAUGGCCUGGACUGCUUAUGGGUUCAUUGUUUCACAGUACCAUGAUGUUGAGAAAACGAUCAAGGUGCCUGGGAUGUCAUAUGAACAGCCCAUAAAUUUGUAUAUCCAAGACUAUUAUGGGUAUAGAUUAGAUUUCAUGGGUCCGGUUGCUGCGGUUCUUGUUGGUUUUUGUGUAUUGUUUGUUGGCAUCUAUGUCUUCUGUUUAAGGACAUUGAACUUCCAAGUGAGAUGA